GCCCGGGAUAAAGAAGUCACCCCCUCCCUCCCUCUAUAGCGUCUAUAGUGACGUCACGGCUGGUCAGCUGGUGGAGAGUGGUUGUCGCUGUGCGGGCUGAGCUGAGAUUAGGCAAGUCACAAGUCUAAUCGCCAUGGGAGGGGCUGUGAGUGCCGGAGAGGACAAUGACGACUUAAUCGAUAACUUGAAAGAAGCGCAGUACAUUCGCACCGAGGAGGUGGAGCAGGCUUUUCGAGCCAUUGACCGGGCCGACUACUCUGAGGAAUUUAAGGAGAAUGCCUAUAAGGACUUGGCGUGGAAGCACGGGAACAUUCACCUUUCCGCACCGUGCAUUUAUUCCGAAGUGAUGGAGGCGUUGGAACUCCAGCCAGGACUGUCCUUCCUCAAUCUGGGCAGUGGGACCGGCUACCUCAGCACAAUGGUUGGGUUAAUCUUGGGACCAUUUGGCAUCAAUCAUGGUGUUGAGCUUCACCAAGAUGUCAUUGAAUAUGCCAAGCAAAAGUUGGAACAGUUUGUCCGCACCAGCGACAGCUUUGACAGGUUUGAGUUCUGUGAGCCUUCCUUUGUGGCUGGAAACUGCCUAGACAUCUCUCUGGAGUCGUCCGCCUAUGAUCGCGUCUACUGCGGAGCCGGCGUGCAGAAGGAGCAUGAAGAUUACAUGAAGAAUCUACUGAAAGUGGGCGGGAUUCUUGUCAUGCCGCUGGAGGAAAAGCUGACAAAGAUCACACGGACUGGAUCUUCAAGCUGGGAGACUGAGAAGAUCUUGGCUGUGUCGUUUGCUCCUCUUGUACAGCCCAGUAAAUCCGACAUGGUGAAGAGGCAACCUCUCAAUCUCCCCUUACCAAACGUGCGCACUCUGCAAGACCUGGCCCGCAUUGUUAUCAGAGGCCGCAUUAAGAAGACCAUCAACCAAGAAACCAGAACCAGAGGGAGCGCGGUGCUGAAAAGCCAGCCUCGUUACAAGCGCAAACGCCUACGAAGGCGCCGAAUGGGGACCAUCGUCUUCCUAGACAAAGAGGUCUUCGCCAGCCAGAUCCCAAACCCAUUCGACGACAACAACAAUUAUGAAGAAGCCGAAACCGAUCUACGGGAGGAGGAGGAGAAGGUGGUCUACGACAUGAAAGCCGAUCCGCCGGUCAACUUUCUCAGAGAGAAAAUCCUCAGCCUUCCUCUGCCGGACCCUCUGAAAAACUACCUGCUCUAUUACAGAGAGAAGUGAAUGCUGGGUAUUUUUUUUUCUUUUUUUCUUGCAGGCCAAGCCUGAGGCCCCCUCAUAGGGCUUUUGUAGACUUGUCAUCUCCACCCCAAGAUGUGCGUGUGGAUGAUCAUCCUUUUCUGGUUUUGUGGAGUCUGACCAACGUUUUGCUCGUGUUUUUCCUGCCAGCUGAGUAAUAAAGUUUUCACAUUUCAAAAGGAAAAAUGGCCGCAGACCCAGAGAAUCUGUGCCUAAAAGAUCCUUGCUUCCGGUGCAGGGUUUGGAUCCUUCUAGAGUACGUUCUUCCAAGACCUUCUUGAGCAUAGUGUGCUAAUCAUUUUCUGGAAUUUAGCAAAGUAACGUCCAGCCAAUGUUGAGGGUUGGGUGGCUGUGAACAUCGUGGCGUCUUUCAUGUCAAAGGACUUUGCGCUUUUUUUUUUGGAAGACCCUUUUCCGGAUUUUUGGAAGACUUUAGAGGUUGUUCAUGGGCUUGAGCCAAGGUGGAAGUUAUGAUUUUUGUCCCCAACUUAUACUAGAGGUCAGUGCAUGGAGCCUUCCAUGGUAAACUAGUUUAUUACUUCUGCAUUUCCGACUCCUUUUGUUGCUUUGGACCAAUGGCCUCCUGAACCUCCAACGAGGAGAAUGGCCUCCUGAACCUCCAACGAGGAGAAUGGCCUCCUGAACCUCCAACGAGGAGAAUGGCCUCCUGAACCUCCAAAGAGGACAAUGUUGAGACGCCUUCAAAGCAGAACUUUCCAGACCCAACAUCCAUGAUACAGGAGUAAAUUUGUUUAAUAAGUAGAAGCUUCCUUGUGUCUUGCUUAACAGUAACACACUUUAAAGUGCCAGCCUUGCCAACUUUAACAAGUAGUGUGUGGUUUUUGUUUUUGUUUUUUGUUCUUCUGGUCAAAAAAUGAUUUUUUUUUUUAUAGUGAUUAUUAGGUGUAAGGUUAUACGGAAAACACCCCUCCCUCUAUAUUUAUAAGAGCUGUUUAAAUUGCAAUUUUUUUUUUCUUCCUAUACGAAGGGUGGGGUGCGACUUAUUAAUAUUAGUUGGUUAGCUAAAUGCAAGGUAUGUUGCAGAUGAUAAACGAAAUGCAGCUUAUGGUGUGUCCCUUUUUUUUUCACUUGUUUAUGGCUUCAAAAGUUCACAACAAUAUUUUGCGGUAUGUUUUAUUAAUAAUAAAAAAAGUUUUCCAAUGUUUAAUGUUGCCAUGCUAGCUGCAGUGCUCACCAACUUGCAGUCUGUUGCAGUUCUCCCAUCUAGCCACAAGAGGGGGGCGUGUCUGGAGUAAUCUCGGUUCGGUAUGUUGCAGAUGAUAAACAAACUGCAGCUCAACAAUCAUAGUGUGCCCUUUUCAGAGUCAGGAAUGGCUUCAAAUAUUCACAACAAUUUUUCGAUGCAUGUUUAUUAUUAAUAAUAAUGAUAAUAAAAAGUUUUUCAAUGUUUAA